AAUAUUUAUCCUAUUGUGGAACUACUUAUUUCAUGAUAAAGAAUACUCUAAAUAUCGUGCUAUGUAUAUAAAAGGUCAAAAGUUAUCGCUCUGUAUAUGGGAUAUAAUGGAUUAACCCCCGCGAAGAAGUAGUCUUUUCUUUAUGCGAAUCGGAAUACAUCAAUUGCUUAUUAAAAAUCUUGCGUUUUAAUAUAUGAACAUACGUAAAAGCUGUUUGUUCAUCUCAAUUAAACUUAUUACCACCUGUUGCUUCAGCUAAGACACUAUGCAGUAUAAUGUUUUAGUUAUUGGUGGUGGUGGUAGAGAACAUGUCAUUGCUUGGAAACUUUCACAGUCUCCACAUGUAAAUAAAAUCUAUGUUUCUCCUGGGAAUAGUGGAAUCUCAUUAGUUAAUAAGGUUUCUUUAGUAAAGUUAAAUGUGAAGGAUAAUAAGGAAGUAGCAAAAUGGAGCAAAGAAAAUGAUAUAAAUUUAGUAGUUAUUGGACCAGAAGAAUAUUUAGCAAAUGGAUUGGCAGAUGAAUUAAAAGAUGUAGGAAUUAAUUGUUUUGGCCCACAAAAGGCAGCUUCUAAAAUAGAAGCUGACAAAUAUUGGGCAAAAGAGUUUAUGGACAAACAUCAAAUCCCUACUGCAAGAUGGAAAGGAUUUGUGGAUGCUGUGGAAGCAAAGAAAUUUGUUGUAAAUGCACAAUUUCCAGCACUUGUAAUCAAGGCUUCAGGUUUAGCAGCUGGGAAAGGUGUUAUAGUAGCCAAAGAUCAACAAGAAGCAUGCAAUGCAAUAGAUGAAAUUUUAACAAACAGAAAGUUUGGAUCUGCUGGGGAGUCAAUAGUUAUAGAGGAAUUAUUAGAAGGAGAAGAAAUCUCUGUACUUGCAUUUACAGAUGGAAAAACUGUUGUACCAAUGGCACCUGCACAAGAUCAUAAAAGAAUAUUUGAUGGAGAUUUGGGGCCAAAUACUGGUGGCAUGGGUGCUUAUUGCCCAUGUCCUUUGUUAAAUCAAACAGAUUAUGAUUCUGUGAAAUCAAAUGUUCUUCAGAAAACAAUUGAUGGUCUUAGACAAGAACAAAUACCAUUUGUUGGUGUCUUAUACGCUGGGUUAAUGUUGACGCGAAAUGGACCGAAAGUGUUAGAAUUUAAUUGUAGAUUUGGUGAUCCAGAAACGCAAGUAGUACUUCCGCUACUGAAAUCAGAUUUAUUUACAAUUAUGAAGGCUUGUUGUGAGGGUUCUUUAGUCGAAUCUCAAGUUAUGUGGGAAGAAGAUGUAUUUGCCGUGGGUGUUAUUUUGGCUUCUCGAGGAUAUCCUGCAUCGUCGUCGAAAGGCCAAGUUAUAACAGGCGUCGAUAAAAUUUUGAGCAAACCAAAUCAUUUUGUUUUCCAUAGUGGAACAAGUAUUUCUCCUGAAGGGAAAUUGCUAACUAAUGGAGGAAGAGUUUUAAUUACUGUAAGUGUACAACCAUCGUUAGCUGCCGCUGCUGCAACAGCAACAUAUGCUGCACAAAGCAUAUCAUUUGAAGGGAAACAAUUUAGAACCGACAUAGCACAUAAAGGAAUCGCAAGAUCUAUCUUAUAUCACGGCAAAUUAACGUAUAAAAGUAGCGGAGUAGAUAUAGAAGCUGGAGAUUCAUUAGUUUCAGUUAUAAAACCAGCAACUGUUUCGACUCAGCGUUUGGGUACAUUGGGUUCAAUUGGUAGUUUUGGUGGUUUAUUUGAUGUAAAAGCUGCUGGUUAUAAAGAUCCAAUUUUGGUAUCUGGUACCGAUGGUGUUGGUACCAAAUUAAAGAUAGCAUUUGAAUGCAACAAACAUGAUACGAUAGGUAUAGAUUUAGUAGCGAUGUGUGUAAACGAUGUGCUUGCACAUAAUGCAGAACCAUUAUUUUUCCUCGAUUACUUUGCUUGCGGCAAACUAAACGUUUCUGUAGCUCGCGAAGUUAUAAGUGGAGUUGGUGAAGGAUGUAAGAGAGCUGGAUGUUCAUUAAUUGGCGGGGAAACAGCAGAAAUGCCUGAUAUGUAUUCUACCGGAGAAUACGAUUUAGCAGGAUUUGCUGUAGGCGCGGUUGAAAGAAAUGAUUUACUUCCGCGCAUUGAUGAUAUCGAAGAAGGUGAUAUCGUAAUUGGUCUUCCAUCAAGUGGAGUACACAGCAAUGGAUUUAGUCUUGUGCGAAAAGUUCUAAAGUUUGCAAGUAAAAAGUAUUCGGACAGAGCACCUUUCUCUAAAAAUAGUCGCACAAUUGGAGAUGAAUUGUUGGAACCGACAAAAAUAUAUGUGAAAGGGGUAAUUCCUGUUUUGCGAACGAAUUUAGUAAAAGCGUUUGCGCAUAUUACUGGUGGAGGUCUUACAGAAAAUAUACCGAGGGUUCUACCAAAAAAUAUGGGAGUUGUGUUAGAUGCAACAACGUGGAAGAUUCAACAAAUUUUUGGUUGGCUAGCAGCUGUUGGUGGAAUUAAUAAAGAGGAAAUGUUGAGAACAUUUAAUUGUGGUAUUGGGGCUAUCUUAAUUUGUUCAAAUAAAAAUAAAGAUGAAGUUUUACUUAAAUUACAAACAGAAAAUCCUAAAGUUAUUGGAUACACGAGUAGUUACAAAGAUAGUAAAAUCAGAGUAAAUGUUAAGAACUUUGAAAAAGUGUUAGAAUUGGAAAUGAAACAAUACAUACCGGGCAUCAUUUCAAGAUUAAGUAAACAUUUAAAAAGAGUAGGUGUUCUCAUAUCUGGUAGCGGAACCAAUUUGCAAGCGUUGAUUGAUGCGACUCAAGAUCCAUCACUACAUAUUGGCGCUGAAAUUGUUCUAGUAAUAUCUAAUAAGCCAAAUGUAGAAGGACUUAAACGAGCUGAAAGAGUUGGAAUUAAGACAGUGGUUAUUAAACAUACUGAUUAUCCUACAAGAGAAGCUUUUGAUGAAGCAAUGAAUGUAGAACUUGAUGCUGCUGGAGUUGAAAUAGUUUGUCUUGCUGGUUUUAUGCGUAUUCUGUCAGACAGUUUUGUUACUCGAUGGCGUGGUGCUUUAAUAAACGUACACCCAUCAUUGUUACCAUCAUUUAAAGGCGCUCAUGCACAUGAAGAUGUUUUAGCAGCUGGAGUACGCAUUUCAGGAUGUACAGUACAUUUCGUCGAGGUUGAUAUAGAUUCUGGAGCAAUUAUUGAGCAAGCAGCAGUACCUGUAUUACCAGAUGACACUGUAGAAUCUCUUCAAGAACGAGUGAAAACAGAAGAGCAUCGAAUUUUUCCUCUUGCUUUAAAAUAUUUAGCUCACGAAAGAAUACAAUUGAAAGAAGAUAAUUCAAUUGUAUGGAAUUACUAAACUCAAAACUUGGUUUAAUUAUUUCAGUAUAAAUAAUUCUUACUCAUUUAUUUACUUUUAUUAAGACUAAAUGUUCAAGAUAAAUAGCUAAACAAACAUAAUUCUAGGAAGUAAAUCUAUUGUUUAAGGCAAUUUUUUAUUGAAAAUUGAAAAUAUAAAUCCAAAUAUGCUGCCAUCUUUGUUAGCAAUAAAAUUAGAAUCUUUAUUUUUUGAAUAAGAA